AUGUUUAAAUCAACUCUUGUGUUCUUGUCACUUUCAGCUGUUCUUCAAUUGAUUGGCGCCAGUUCAGUUACUAUUACUGAACCCAAAGCUAAUGAUGUUUGGAAGGCUGGUUCUACCGUACAAAUCAAGUGGGAUGUUAAUGAUGCCACAUCUGAACAUAUUCGUCUUCAGUACGCUUCAGGACCUUCCCAAUCAUUGACUAUUGAUGGCUUGAUUGCUGACAAUGUAAAAGCUUCUGUUGGUCAUUAUAAGUGGAAGGUCCCUAGCGACAUCGAGGCUAAGGACUAG